AAUCCAUUUCAUGCGGCAAAAUUUUGUAAAUCGAUAAGAUUUCGUGUUUGAAAUACGUGUCUAAAAGUGUCAAUAAUUUUGCUCUGUACGAGCUGUUGAAACGCAUCAUUUCGGUCCAGACGAAGAGUAUCAGAGAUAUUCAACAUGAAAUUCAUCGUGUUCGCGGCGGUAUUCGGUUCAGCCCUUGUAUUUGCGGCAGCUUCUCCAGCUGCGGAUACAUUUGAACAGCAAGUACAAAAAAAGCAAGAAGCUGCGGCCAAACAUUGUAAUGCUACUUAUCCAGUGACAGAAGAUGCACUUAAUAAAUUACGAACUCACGUCGUCAAUGGAGAAACCAUCACGAAGACAUUCAAAAAUCAAUGGUGUAAUCUGCUGUGCAACUUGGAACAACUCGGAUUCUACGAUGCUCAAGAUAUGGAAGAUAAAUGCCAGAAGGCUUAUUUGGCAUACUAUCGCUUUGUCGAAGCCAUUUUAAUACAUACCUUGGCUGUUGACUUGAACACUUUCGAUGCUGCAACCAAAGAAAAAGUCAUCGAAAAUGUACUGACUGAACUACAAUUACCGAACGAAUUACAAGGUAGCAUCGCAAAAUGGUUGAAAAAUAACGAUUCAGUCAUCAAACAAGUAGCUGAAGAACAAAAUACUGGUCCUGUUUCUGCCCCAGCUCCUGCUCCUGCUCCCACCAGUUAACUCGAUAAUGUUUUUAAAAUAUUAGUGUAGGUACCUACUCAUCCAUAAGAGCAAAGUUUUUACACUUAAUUAAUCUCGCAAAUUACGUAUAUCCUCUAUAUUUUAAAAAUUAAGCAAUAAAAUCGGGUUACUUUUUUAAAAAA